ACAUGGCUGAAACACGCCGUGGUUACAUAUUUGGUGCAUUCCUGUCAGGAGUUUUGUGUGUUCUAUUAAUUAUUGUGGCCAUCGCCAGCGAAGGAUGGGUGGUGUCAACUGCAAGUACGACCGACCAGUUCAAAGACAGUACAGUACGAUACGGUCUGUUUCAAGGGGAGUUGGUUCUGAAUCUGCUAGUGACACCUUCACACAACAAGCUCUAUAUGACAUGUGUAUCUGACGUGAACGCGUGCGCAGUUAGUUGCAAGACUGAGGCUCAAGCAAGAGAAGAAGAAGUACGCGCUCUUUCCAAAGGCUACAGACCGAACCAGGCAUGUGUGUCUGUAACCACUGUCGAUACAAGCAAUCCACUUGAGACCCCACCAGUAAUAGCGUACAGUUUGUACAUAAGUCUGGUCACGUUGUUGAUCGCUCAUGUAGCCGUGGCCUCAUGCGCGGCGGGACUCGCUAUUCUCAAUGCGACCAAGAAUCCUACUGAACCUAUAUUUGGGUUGCCAGGAUGUUUAUGGACCAACGUGGCAGCGGCAGUCGUCGGUGUGACGUUCCUAUUGUUCUUCGGCGUAUACUGGGCUGUGUCUGGUUGGAAUGACCACCUUGCCUUUUCUUAUACAGCCUUGGGCUUGUUGAGGCCCUCGCCACACCUUGGGUUUUCAUAUUGGCUGUUACUCGGAUCGUGUCUCUGUUCUCUGGUAAAUAUAGCCCUUCUUUGGACGCGCAGCUACUUACUUGAACGAGAUCCACCACCACCUACCAUUAAGCUUGAGAAUCAUUCAGAUGGUACUGUCUUCCUAUACUGAUCCGUCAAAAAUAAAAUCAAUUUACAGGCACAACAUUAUUUAUUAAUUUUAAACUUGGAUUCUAUGAAAAUUUCUUGCUUAGAUGGAUAUGGUGAAUUAUUAACUAAAUUAUUCGUAGAGAAAAUUGUAUUUUGUUUUAAAAUAUGUUAAAGUUUCGUAAGUAAAAGACCACUUCAUUUUAUUAUAAUAGUUUAUCUAAUCUCGUUUUGUAUUGAUUUACGAAUUUCACAUUCUUUUGUAAUUCUAUUGUGAUGUGGGAUAUGGAAAUUUGAAUAAAAUCAUUAUAAUAUUCCUCAAAGGAGGCAAUACUAUUCAUUCUUAUACUAUUCAAAACGAUACAACGAUCUUUAAAAUUAAAUAAUAUUUCUACAAUUGUUUUUAAAUUUGUAAAUCAAAUACGAUUUAAGAUUAGAUAAUGAC